AUGGACCGAGAACGAGAUCGUGAUCGUGACCGGGAUCGACCAGAGCGUGGUGGUGGUGCAGGUGGCGGCGGCGGCGGAGGAGGGGGAGGGGGUGGCGGUGGUGGGGGCGGAGGUGCUGCAGGAGGUGGAGGAGUUGGAGGCACUGCAGUGGACCGAGAUGUUAAGCACUCGCUAGAGCCCCGAGAUCUGUCGGCAACGAGACUGUUUUCCGCAACGCAAAUCAAAAUUAGCACUUCACCCACCACGUCGCCAACCAUAUCGAACUCGUCAUCGCCGACGCCGACGCCGCCGAUACCGGCCGUCUCGCCUGCCGUGACGGGCGUGGGAAGCGGGUACCAUCACUCCAAUCACAAGCAAAUCACGGGCAUUCCGUGCGUGGCGGCCGCCUCCAAGUACACCGCUCCGGUGCAUAUCGACGUCGGCGGUACGAUCUACACCAGUUCGCUUGAGACCUUGACGAAAUACCCGGACUCGCGGCUAGCCAAACUAUUCAACGGUUGCAUCCCGAUCGUGUUGGACUCACUCAAGCAGCACUACUUUAUCGACCGCGAUGGCGGCAUGUUCCGGCAUAUUCUCAAUUUUAUGCGCAACUCUAAACUGUUGGUCGCCGAAGACUUUCCCGAUCUCGAACUCCUGCUGGAGGAAGCCAAAUAUUUCGAUAUUGUUCCUAUGAUCAAACAGAUCGAACAGAUAAAGAAGGAACGAACACGCAGCGGGAACGGAUGGCCCCCGUUCGGAAGCAGCCGGCUGCGAAGCAAAUCGUCAACCCCGCCGGACGCCAACCACGAUGUGGUAGCCCUGCACAUCUCUCCGGACCUUGGGGAACGGAUUCUGAUCUCGGCUGAGCACUCCAUUUUGGACGAGGUUUUCCCGGAGACGAACCAGGCCAUCCUAGAUGCUCGAACCGGAGCGGCUUGGAAUCAGUUCGACGGGAGGCAGGUGAUUCGGUUCCCGCUGAAUGGCUUCUGCAAACUCAACUCCAUCCAAGUGCUGACGCGAUUACUGAACGCCGGAUUUAACGUCGAAGCCAGCACCGGUGGGGGCGUAGAAUCGCAACAGUUCUCUGAGUAUCUAUUAAUUCGUAAAAGUUCAAUGUGAUAAUCUAAGUGUAAUUGACAAUUAAACAAUUAAAACAAAAAAAGUACACUACAUUCGAAACAUGUUUUAGCUGACUUAAAGCGAGCGACGCUUAGUUUUUUUUUUAUUUAUUCUACUCGCAACAGUCGAUAGAGACAGUGAAACAAAAUGAACUAUGUCCAUUUUAAUGCAGCCCUGAUAAGGGCGAACCGAUCAUGGUAAUUUGAUUAGAAUAAACUUAUUGUACUUAAUGACGCAUCUAAUUGAAAAUUAGUGUAAUUAGAA